AUGACUACAUCGCACCCAGAGUUCAACAGGGACACUGAGGGCCUUGACGUUGCCAAGGCUUUCCCGGAUGGAAUUCGUAAUAGAACCAUCUUAGUUACUGGAGUGAACCUUGGUGGAGUUGGGUUCUCUACAUCUCAGGCUUUUGCCUCUCAGUCUCCAGCCUGCCUGAUCCUUGCCGGGCGCAACCUGAAUAAGAUCCAAAAAUGUAUCGAUGCCUUGAAGAAGGAUUUUCCUAAUGUCGGGUACCGUGCUCUAAAGAUUGAUCUUUCCAGCCAGAAUUCGGUUCGUGCCGCAGCUGCAGAGGUUUUGGCUUGGUCUGACGUGCCUGCCAUUGAUAUCGUGGUGAAUAAUGCCGGCGUCAUGUGUGUUCCAGAACGAAUACUUACCGUCGACGGAUUGGAGAUGCACUUUGCGACGAAUCACAUUGGACAUUGGCUGUUGACAUGCCUAAUUAUGCCAAAGCUGAUUAAGUCUGCCGAGGGCAAACCCAAGGGAACUACGCGAAUUGUCAACGUCUCUUCCCUAUCGCCUACCAUUGCAACUAUGCGUUGGAGUGACAUCAAUUUUGACAAGCCAAACAAAGAGCUACCAGAAGCAGAGCAGCCGCCCUAUGCGAUGCUAGAGGCAUGGGGCUUUGCAGACUGUCGAAACCGAGCAUACAUUCCCUUGGACGGCUACAACCGCAGUAAAGUAGCCAAUGUGCUCUUUGGCAUCGGAGCAACCAAGAGACUGUACGAGAAAUACGGAAUUUACUCUUUGGCCGUGCAUCCAGGCAUUAUAGAAACAGAACUCGGCAGGGACUUUAAUGAGGAACAACUGGCAGCCUUGGCAGGUAUGAGGACCAAAGGGAUAUUUAUUCAUCAGACCCUCGGCGCAGGAGCCUCAACCUCCUUGGUGGCCGCACUGGACCCGAAACUGAAACCUGGUGAGACCGUCAAUGGGAGAGAGAACCAUGGAUCGUUCUUGGUGGAUUGUCAGAUCAGUGAUUCUGCGACUCCCCUUUCCGUUUCGAGCAGUGAGGCCGAGAAACUCUGGGCGCUGUCGGAAGAUCUGGUCAAGGAAAAGUUUUCUUGGUAG